AUGGAUGGAACUUCUCUCUCUUUCAAAAACCACUACAAGAAGAUGGAUCUGCCGUUCGUCAUCUAUGCUGACUUUGAGUCAAUCAUCAAACCUUUGCACACCCGUUCAACCGAACCUUUGCACACCGUUCAACCGAAUCCUAAGGAGUGUUAUACUGAGAAGAAGCAGAAACAUAUCCCGGUGAGUUUUUGCUACUUUGUUAAAUGCUCUGUCGAUGACAGACAUUCGAAACUGGUUGAGUACACAGCAAAGUCUGAGGAUGAGGAUGUUGCGCAGAUAUUUGUUAACAUGCUUGAAAAGGAGGUUAAGUCCAUUUACAAAGACCAUCCUGCAAAAAAGAUGAUCUUCACAGAUAGCGAUGCUGUGAUCUUUAAAAACGCGACGCGUUGUUGGAUCUUUAAAGAACCUUUCGAUGAUGAGGAUGAUGAGGAUGAUAGAUAUAAGAAGGUUCGUGAUCAUUGUCAUUACACCGGCAAAUUUCGAGGAGCUGCGUAUAACAGUUGCAACCUGAGAUUCCGACGUCCGAAAUUCACUCCUGUCAUCUUUCACAACUUGGCAAACUAUGACGCACAUCUCUUUGUCAGAAAUUUCGGCGUUUCAGAAGGUAAGAUUGACUGUAUUCCCAACAAUGAAGAAAAAUACAUCAGCUUCACAAAGAGUGUUGUAGUUGACACAUUUUUCGACAAAGAGGAAGAGAAAGACAUUGUUGUCAAGAGAGGGUUGAGAUUUAUUGACAGCUUCAAAUUUAUGGCUUCUUCUCUUGGUCAGCUUGUCAACAACCUCACCAAAAAGGGUGACUCUUUUGAGAACACAAGAAGAUACUUUGAUGGAGAGAAGCUUGACCUGUUGAAGAGAAAGGGUGUCUAUCCUUACGAGUGGUUGAAUUCUAUCGAUAGACUUGAUGAGACUAAACUUCCACCACGCAGCGUUUUCUUCUCUGUUCUCAGCGGUAGUGGUAUCUCUAAAGAAGACUAUUGUCAUGCGCAGGAGGUGUGGAAAACGUUUGAAAUGAAGACAAUGCGAGAUUAUCACAAUCUCUACAAUCGAAGUGAUGUUCUCUUGCUAUGCGAUGUUUUUGAAAACUUUCGAAAGGUUUGCAAGGAGAACUACGACCUCGACCCCUGUUGGUAUUACACCGCACCAGGUUUGGCUUGGGAUGCAUGUCUCAAGAUGACUGAGGUAAAGCUUUCGCUGUUGGAUGAUGUAAAUAUGUUGCAUAUGUUUGAGAAAGGUAUUCGUGGAGGGAUUUCGAUGGUUACGAAAAGACAUUCUCAAGCCAACAACAGAUACAUGGGUAAGAAGUUUGACAAGAGCAAACCUUCAAAGUUUAUCACAUAUCUUGACGCAAACAGCCUCUACGGUUGGGCUAUGAGUAAGAGUCUACCAACAGGCGGUUUCAAAUGGGUAGAUGAGAAAGACUUUGAAGAUUGGAAGAAUUUUCCUUGCAUUCUUGAGGUUGACUUGCUUCCUAUCGACAAAGAGCUGCACGAUCACUUUGAUGACUAUCCCCCCGCUCCUGAGAACUUGUUGGUUGGCAAUGUUCAUAAACUGGUCUGCACCUUGAAUGGUAAAAAGAAGUACAUCGUUCACCAUGAGGCAUUGAAACUUUACAUGAGUCUUGGAAUUGAGAUUGGAAAGAUUCACCGCAUCAUCAGGUUUGAAGAGAGUCCUUGGAUGAAAAAGUAUAUCGAUUUGAAUACAGAGUUGAGAGCUAAGGCAGACAACGAUUUCGAGAAGGACUUUUUCAAACUCAUGAACAACUCUGUCUACGGUAAGACGAUGGAAAACAUUCGGAAACGGGUUGAUAUAAGACUUGCCAACUCAGAAAAGCAGGCGAAGAAGUUGGUAAAUAAAGUCAACUUCAAACACUUAACCAUCUUCUCUGAGGAUCUCUGCGCGAUUCAUAUGAGAAAGACGAAAAUUUAUUUCAACAAACCUCUCUAA